AAUCGCCAUAAAAGUGUUGAAACGCUUUCGCUUCUGUUGCUUAGCUUCGCUUGAGAUCGUAGGUCCUUGCAUCGUAGUAAGAAAAUAUUAUGAGUAUGCGAACCGAUGAGAAACCAAAAGGACAAAAGUUCGUCUGCGCCUCAGCCCGCAGACUGUCGAUAGUUUUAAGAUGGUCCUCUCACCAUCGCCCGGCGUGAUGUCGCCGGGCGGGCAGCACGCCAAGAGCCCAAUGCACGGCGAGAUGAACAGUACCAAUAAAGCGGCGGGCGGCCUCUCCACACCGCGGCGCAGCAUGACUCGAAUUUCAUCCCUAAUGGGCGGCUCUUCCCCGCUAGAGCUACCGAGCCCACAGGUGCAGGAAGUGGCCGCGGAACUCCUCGCCGAGGACCAGGAGCAGGACUUGCAACAGAAGCUCCCCGCCAGGCUGCACGAGCUGCGCGAGACGCAGCAGGACAGCAUCAAAACGCAGGCGGAAAUCGAGCAGUACAAGACGGCGUACCGGCCGCAAACGGAGGACCGCCUCUUCGGUUCGGUGCGCCGCAAGGACGUGAAGAAGCCGCUGUCCCCGCGCGCACAGAAAGUGCGCGACAUGCUGGAUUCCUUCUACCGCGGCACGAGGACGUCCGCCGGAACUACGAACACCAACGGGGGAUUCAACACCACCACGGGACAGCUGGUGAUCCACCAGCCGCACCACCAGGGCACCACCACGGCGACGACCGCGACGCACGGACAGCACCCUUUUAUGACGACCACGGGCACCGCGUUCUCCUUCUCAAGCGACAGCGACUCGCAGAACCACCACAUUGCGGGCGGCCGGUUCGACAAGUUUGAGCGGUACACGUUCGGCGAGCGCGGCUUCAACGCCAUGGCCGACCAUUUUCGGCUGGGCGGCAUUCUGCACCCCGGGCACGGCUUGGAGGGCGGCCAGAUGCCGGAAGCCAGCGUACCGCACAUGGAGUGGGUGCCCACCCAGGAGGUGCACACGCAGCCGGGCGUCAUGGCACCCAAGAAAAAGAAAAAGAAAACACCCUUUUGGUGCAGGAAAACGCCGGUAUAAGUGUUCUUGUUCAUCAUGAUGAUGAGUAAUUUUUAGCACGUAUACGGAAUCAUGUUGACUCUCGUACAACUGUGCGUCUUCAUGAUCAGGAUUAUGAUUGUUGGUUUUUUUCCUCCGUAUUGGAUGCGCAAUCCGAUUCCAUACAAUACUUGUUGGUACUUCAACUGCAUGGAUGCGGAUUUCGAUUCCGUUCUAAAAACUUGUUCUGUUGCCACCAAGAACAUCAUCUUCAGGUCUUGACUGAUUACAACCGCAUGGACGCGGCGGUGGGCAUUCCCCAAGCGAAAAUCUUCAACGACUCGCAGAAGGAUUCGAUCGAGCGGCUGAUGAAGAACCUGUCGUGCCGUCGCACGGUGUACUCGGGGGCGAUCUUUCGUCCCCAGACGGUCACCCAAGAAGCGUACGAGCAGUCGCUCGGCUACGGCGGUCCGGGGUCGUACGGCAUCCCGAAGCCGGCCGCCAUUCAGGACCUCGCCGCGCAGCGGCGCACGCGGCGGUCCAAGCGGUUCAUGCCGAAAACGUCCUGGCUCUCGGACUCGCUCAGUUGGGACGGCAGACUCAACCAGCACUACACGAACCACCGGGGCGCGCGCAGAAGCAUGAGCACCGGCGGGGGCCUGAUGUCCGCUUCUUCAUCCGGUGCAGGUGGUUCCAUCGCGGGGGCCCGCAGCGGCGCGCCGACGUCCGCGGGAAACGCGGCCCUGCUGGAACAACAGCUGCACGACGAAUUCGGAAUUGUGCCUGCCGAAGAGUACCGUCUCGGGUCGGUCUUCAACGACACCAUCCUUGCGGACCAGAUGCGCUGACGGAGACAAACAGCGGAACCUCCUGCAGGACUGACUUCUAUUCUUCUUCUACUUGUUUACAACAACUUGCUGUACCUUUAGUUUCUUGUAUGAUACUUAGACUUGUCAAUUAGUACAACGUUGCGGAUGGAGCUAGAGCUACGCCUAGUUGCAAUGCCGCCUACUUGUUGAACAAUGUACACUAGAGAUGGGUUGUGGCUGCUCUUCUGUAGCUGCUGCUUCAUCAUGUUUUGCACCGAGAAUGCCCUGUUUCACUUCCAGAUUGUCGUCACAUUUGGUGACCGCUGGCUGCGAAAGAACGGUAACUGGACAGAAAAAUUGAAUAAGUACCCAAUGUUGCGGGAUCGUGUGGGCCCUUGAUGGAGUUCUUGUGCUAUUGUUCAGCGGAACUACCACGUCAACAACAAGAAGUGUUAGUUUUGUACAAGUGGAAUCAGAAGUACUUUUGACAGAGAGCAUUUUUGGCUGGCGGAAACACGGAGCGAAAAUCGAGGAGAGGGGGUUAGUUUAUUGUCGACGGAACGAUUUGCAUUUGGCCAAGAAGAAGAACAGCGUUUGCUUGGAUUAGAGUACCCGC